GUUCUCCAUACUAUGACAACGUCCGGCCCCUCUCCUACCCAGAUUCGGACGCUGUGCUGAUCUGCUUUGACAUCAGUAGACCUGAGACUCUGGACAGUGUCUUGAAAAAGUGGAAGGGUGAAAUCCAGGAGUUUUGUCCCAAUACCAAGAUGCUCUUGGUUGGCUGCAAGUCUGACCUGAGGACGGAUGUUAGUACAUUAGUAGAGCUCUCAAAUCACAGGCAGACACCGGUGUCAUAUGAUCAGGGGGCAAAUAUGGCCAAGCAGAUUGGUGCAGCUACUUAUAUUGAAUGUUCAGCUUUACAGUCAGAAAACAGCGUCAGAGACAUUUUCCACGUGGCCACCUUGGCGUGUGUAAAUAAGACAAAUAAGAACGUUAAGCGGAACAAGUCACAGAGGGCCACAAAGCGGAUCUCACACAUGCCGAGCAGACCGGAGCUCUCGGCAGUUGCUACGGACUUAAGAAAGGACAAAGCAAAGAGCUGCACUGUGAUGUGAACCUUGCGUUACCUUUAAUGAGGACAAGUGAAUCUAGUGUAAAAACAGGAGCAAAACAAGCAGGUGAACCCUGAAAGAAGUGCACAGCCAAAGCCACGUACACCGCAGACUCAGGAGGCCCCGAGAGGACACCGGUCUCCGUGGGAUCCUGUCCUUCGACUCGGCACGCAGCCCGAGUGCUGAGAAGUGAAUACGUUGAAGUGUUUUGUAGUGUGACUUGAAAAGUAUGCCAAAAAGGAGCGGUACAGAUGGGCUAGAGGUGGGGGAGGGGGGAGGCGAGUACCUCCAAGAAGAAAAUCCCCCUCCGAGCGGUGCUUGCGUUUUGUUUGUUUUGUUUUGCUGUUUUCUUGUUACAUUCUAUUCAUGGAUCUCUACUUUGAUUUAAUUUUUAAAUGUUUUAAUCUCCUUCACAAAAAAUAUAUAUUAAUAUACCAUCUCAUGGGGGAACUGGCACUGUGACCUUAGCAUUUAGUUUUCUAGAGGAUGUGAUCUAAUUUCCACCUAGCUCAUCAUUAAAAUGGAAAUUGUAUCAGGCCCCGUGGGAUUGCAGAGGGAAGCUUCAUGAGGCCUGGGAAUCGUGCCCUCCUGAAGAUGACUGCUGAGGGAGAUGGUUCUAAAGAAGGGCGUUGCGGCCUUGCAGGAUGUGUAGAUCAGCACGACAGAGAUUGCAUAGGUCAAAUAGAGAAAAGUGUUGAUUUUCUUCAGUCUGAUGGUUCUGUCCCUAAUCGUGAUCAUCUUUAACAAGUGGUAAAUUGCUCAAUGUAAUAUUUUUGUGCGCUGUUUAGAAAAGAGGGUGUGUGAGUUUUGUGUUGCCAUUGUUGAUGAAAAUGCAAAGUCAAAUAAAAGUGUCUUUGUGUCAUAGAAUGAUCCAAGGGAGAAAAACUUAGGUACUGUUUUCACCAGGAGAGCUAAUGAAGGAAGGAGUAGUAACAGAAAGCACAGUUUGUGAGGAAAGGUGUCAGGAAAUACGCUACCAAAUGCACGAAGCAGAAGGAUCUUAUUUUGAGAUGAAGCUCCAGUUGGCAGCAUCCAAUGGUCUGUUGGUUUAUUUCACUUUCCUUAAGUGAACAUCCAUCUGAGAAGGACCCACUUACCGAGCUUUAGGGAAUCCUUAGUAAAAAAUUAUAUGAUGCCAGGACAUUACACUAGGACGUUUCUUUUUUUCUUUUUCUUUCUUCCUUUCUUUUUUCUUCUUUUUUUUGAAGGGCAUUUCUGAGAGAAAUUGCUAAGACCCACUUAACCAGAUUCACCCAGGGUCCAGGUUUAAAACUCAAUCUUUGUUGUUACAUGAAAUAAUCAACAUUUAAAAUAGUUUACAGAUAGGUUGUUGACCCAUCCCAUCUAGGGAUUCCUUCAGAGAAGAAGCCAGAUCUGACUUGGUUAUUGUUGGUGCUUGUUAAAAACGAGCUUUCUUUCCAAUGAUAAUGCUUCAUUUUUGAAGUCUUGAAGCUGUGCUCCCGUUAAGUUGUGGCAGGAGAGUAGAUUAAGGUAAUUACAACACUCAGUUCCGUGUCAUACAAGCACUUUGUUUUGUCCGCAAGAAAAUAUCAUUUGAGUCAUUUCCCACAGAAUACAGACAUUUUCCCAACAUAAUAUCCUUUGAUUGAUGCAGAUUAUGCUUUGGGCAGUAUUACAAAAUAGCUGGCAAGUGCUUUCUGUAUUUAAAUAUUGUAAAAAGAAAAUAAGUUAUAACUGUUAUAAAGAAGAACUUUCGUUGCAUUUUUUAAGAACCGUUGAAGUCACUUUGUAUGUUUGUUUGGUCAAUGUUUCUGCAGUAUUUAUUAAAACAUACUUUUCCCCUUCGAAUAAAAAGUAACCAUGUCUUUGUCUAAA